UUCUACUUUGUUCACAAAGAGCCUUUGGAAAGUGACUUCUGUGAAAGAAAAGACAUUUACGGACACAGACGGAUCAUGCCACAUGCAGCUUCAGGAAAGGAAAAAAGUCAGUGACGUGCAGGCCAUGAACUCCUCCUUUUGGUCUCUAUCUGCAUGCUAUGUGUCUAUGAGUGUAUGUGUGAAACUGGAGAGAAGAUAAAAGAAGACACGGAAGCACAUUGUCGCACAAUCCUGAUUGCUUAACGGACGUCACUGCAGCACAGUAGGUCGCUGAUGUGAGUCAGAGCAGCAAUAAGGAAGAUAAAAAAGAUAACUACCGAAGACCUCAUGCAAGGACCAGAGGGUAACAAAGUGUAAAAAAUAUCCACCAAGAUGUGUUGCACAGGAUUCCUCAAACUGAUGAUGUUCAUCUUCAAUGGUACCAUCUUUUUAGCAGGUGCUGCCAUCCUGGGCGUGGGCAUUUGGGUAAAGGUGGACAGCAAUUCCUUCAUGGGAAUACUGGAUAGUGUGGAAGAACUUCCAUCAGAGAUAUCCCAGGUGGCCAACAUCGCCUACCUGCUCAUUGCAGUCGGGGCCAUACUGCUGGUCAUCGGCUUCCUGGGAUGCUGCGGCGCCAUGAGGGAGAGCAGGUGCAUGCUUCUGUUGUUCUUCAGUAUUGUACUGAUAAUAUUCAUCAUCGAGGUGGCCGGAGCCGUGGUGCUGCUCGUUUUUAAGGAUGUGGCUGAAGAUCUCUUUGACAACCUCGAGACCGAAGUCCGAAAAGGCCUCCGUGCUAAGUUUGGAAGCGACGAGAGCCUGACGUCUCUGUGGACCACCACCAUGGAAGGGUUUCAGUGCUGCGGAUACACGAACUACACCGACUUCUACAGCUCACCUUUCUACAUCCAAAACAACGGAUCCUAUCCAUCCCAGUGUUGCAACGGGACAGACGUCGGUGGCAUGUGCAGCGAAGCGGCAGCAGAAACAGCCGCACAUCUUCAGUUGGUUGAUGGCUGCUUCAAAAAACUGCUGCAGCUGAUUGAGGAAAAUGCUUUGAUAGUUGCAGUCGUGGCGCUCGGGAUUGCCGCUCUUGAGAUUGCUGCCAUGGUGGUUUCAAUGGUUCUCUACAAGGAUAUUGGUAACAAAGCGUGAUAGGAUCACGUUUUUUGGGGGGGGAUUUAUUUAAUAAGAUGAUAAGUUUGCUUGCUGUUUCCAAUGAGGUCGUUUGCCCUUCAGUUUGACUGAAAAGGCGCAGGGAAUAUGUUUAUUCUUCAGUGGAUGCUAUGACCUUCAGUCACUAAGCUUGUAAUAUAAAAGAUGUGCAGAUAAAUUACUGAAAACUGUAUAAUAUCACUUGCAAACUGGUGAUAUGGUGAUAUAUAUAUAUAUAUAAUCUUAUAUAGGUAUAUAUAUACGUAUAUAUAUUUGAUCAAACUAAAGAAAUAAAAGUGAGCAUCUGUUCAAUUUACACGACUCUGAAUA